ACGUUAAUCAAUCACUGACAUUCCCGACUGUAACCUUACCAAUAUGGUCUUGGUUUGCGAGCUACAUUCUCUUCCUUCCUCCACAAGAAUCUUACACAUCUUGUUGGCCCCCAAAGGACACACGACACAAUCAACAUCCCUUCAAUAUAUUUCUCACAGUAUAGAAUCCGCCCUUACGUAUAGAUCAACCAUCCAUCCUUUAGCAACACCCCGCAGUCACAGCCGUUAUGGCCUAUUGAUUCAAAGCAGUGGCACCCGUUUUAAAGUGUUACACUACGUGACUAUUCAACUGUUGGCGAUUUGGCACUUCGCCACAAUGCCGAAACCAUAGCAAACAGUUGCUCACAGUGCAGUUUAUCAACCGUGAUGAAUAAAACGAUCUUGGUAUGAGGCGCCCACAUCACACAUCGGAACUUUAUGAAUUGUGCGCCACUAGUUUAUGAGAUGAUCAACUGCUGUGGUCGACUUUCUGAAAUGCCCACGGAUUGUCGGGAAAUUAGAUCCCCGCGACAACUUGCUUUCUUUAUGGCUGCUCUCUAAACCACUAGCUCUUAACAUAUACCAGUCACAAAGUUCGAUAGCUCGAUCUAUACGAACUUCGACUGCCACAGCACCUUCGCUCCUCUGCUUCUCCCGAACCCGAAGUGCAUAUUCUAGGUUCAAAGCAGUUGGCCACAAUAUUAGAAAUACAAAGUUGAAGAGCCGGGGGUCGUGUCUCGCAACCUUGCACCUCAACGUCAGCAUCUCCAGACUCCUUGCAGAAGGCCGAGAUCACGUUAUCACCAUCAACUGCUUCCAGCCGAGGCAAACUUCAUCCACAUUACCAACACGCAUAUGUUUGCCUGGGGGUGCUUGUUGGUUGAACGUGUACCAGGUGCAACAACGAACGUUGUCAAGAGAAGUUUGCUUCCCAAAGAAAGCCACGCAAGAUACAAGGAUACCGUCUGGUCGACGUCGUCUCCACUUGACAAUCGUCACCUAUGCCUGGUCAACAGCCUCCGCGCUGUUCCGUUGCUAGAGCUCUUUUGAGACAUGAAAUUGUAACGAACAAUUUGCUUCCGGUUUGGACGAUCGUUUCUUCCAGACCCGGCACGGCUGCUGUACAAAUGGCACACAAGCCAUCAACCUCCGCUACGAAGUUUGAUCAAAAAAGUUCUUGGCUCUAACUUGCUGCACUUCUGCAGAAGGGUUCCACAGUGCUGCAUCCUUAUGCAUAUUCCGUGUCUCACUUUUGGAGUCGAAAUAUGCAAGCUGCAAGUUGGGAGCUUUCUGGUACGGGAAAACUUUUCGACGGGGCCAUUUUCCCUCUGUCUGAAUCCCACGGCCUCUUGAGUUACCGGACCGCCGGAAUAGCAAAGAUAUGCCAUUUCGAGUAAGAAGCAUCCGCCUGGUGGAAAUGCUGUAUUAUGGAGUAGAUCGAGGACUUCUGGGUCCCAAUGCAAUGUUGAGAGACGCCCCUGUCUGCUACCUACGAUCUAGGGUUGCUUGCGGGGCUGGCGGAACUGAGCAACACGAAUUGUCUGAUUACUCAGUGGACUUUUUAUUUUCCCUCGCGAGAUCCCGACUUUGGCCAAUGAAUCACGCUCUCUCCGAAGUCCGAGGACCUCGAUUGCUAUACGGCUGCUAUAAUCAUGGUACGAGAAAGGGCCGUGUGGUUAGAGGGUUGAGUGUUUGUCUCCCGCAUGUACUGUUCCUGGAAGAGAUGAAAGUUUGCUAGUUGCGGUUCACCAAUUGAGCUAGCUGCACAAUCAUCUCCCAACACAAGGAAUAUGUUUGGAGCUUUGCGCUAACUAUUCAUUUUCACACUAAUCGACACAUCAAUCAAAACGUUGUCCUGUUUGUCAAGAUAACUUAAAGACGGCAAACAGCUACGGGUUGUUUCAUCCCGCGCCGGGCCGCCUCUCAUUCAUACCAAGAGAUUGGACCGCUUUUGCAAUGGUUCCCACAGCCUACAGAUCACAUACACAUGAGGGUUAGCCUAAGUUAAAAAAAAAUCCAUUCCGGUGAAGAGACAGCAAAAGCAAUUGUACAAGACUAUGGAUACGUCAUGCUGUUUAGCUUAUUUGUCAGGCAGUAGUGCGUGCUCGCUUGUGGCAUUGUCUGCUAAACGAACGUUAGUUCGGAAACGUUCAACCGCAACGGACAGACGAGGCUUUGGAGGAUCGAAGUCGACUGAAUUUGAGAGGCUGAAGCUGAAAAUCCAGGCUCAACGCCAUGCUCCGAUUUGUUGCUCGGGAGGCCAAGGCCCGGGGCGGCCGGCACAGAUCUGGU